CUUCGAUGUUCUUUGGAUUCCCUCUCCUCGAGAAUCCUUCCAACAUGCAUUACAUCCUGGACGCUUUCAUGCACUGGACCUACCAACAUAGCAAGGGUCAUAGGUUUGUGACUGACUUCCGCGGGUUCGGAUCUGUCCUCACAAACCCCCAGAUACACGAUGUGAACCCCGCGAACGUCUGGGGAUGCCGAAACGGUCGAACCUCUGCUGUGGCGCUCAUGAUAACUCAACACAGAUGCAAACUCGGUUGCCAGCUACUUGGACUUCCACCCCUUGUCAAAAUCCCAGUUCAACUCCCUUCGAACGAUCAGGUAUGGUGUCAUGCAAUGGAAUCGACUACCACUCCUGGUGAGAAAACCGCUGGUGGGCUAGCCGAUCUCAAUACCUUUUUAGCCACCAUAGCUCGCCCAGCCCCGCCAAAAGCACCCACCCCCACCCCCGAAUACACAUUCUUUUGACCUUUUGAACAAACGCCCCACCUCACUCCGUUUCUUUUUUUCUGUAGAUAUGUGUACAUAGCGUAAUCAUGAUUUCUUUUAAAAACAUGUACAUAGGCUUCCUUUGUCAUUCUCAACUCUUGUAAACCUGUUCUCUCUCUCAUAUGAAUCAAGCACAACUUGCGCAAUG